AUGUGUUCUUACCCGGAACUAGAUCAGUUUCCGAGGCUGUGGUCAGCUCUUCAAUGUGGCUUCCCUGUUUCCCAACGUUCCAUUCUGCUCAGGUCCACUCACCGGUCCUACCCAUUUCGGUCUGAUUCGUCUCAACCAGCAACUCGCUUUCGGAGGCUCUGUCACAGCGCCAACCGUGCUAAGCUUCUUGCUUUCACGUCGAGCACUUGCAAUCGAAGAUGAUGGCUGCUUGUCGGUUGUGUCGCAGCGAAAGUUGCCGUGCAGUGCAGUGCAUUUAUGAUUCGUUGAUUCAGUCAGACAGUCAUGGUGUUGUAACUGCAGUGGAAAUAUUCGUGUCGUUGAGCGCAACGAACUGACUGCACAUUGCGGAACACGCUUCGCGUGGCCGAAAUUUGUACCAGUGGUAAUCGUAACAGAAGUCGUUCUCUCGUGACAGAUACAGCCGCGCCGCGCGUCCUCCGCAAUGUACAACUAGUGUGCGGUCAACGACUUGACAUGUACAGUAACUUUUGAAUAAUCUGGUUGACCCUAUCUUGCGCGUUUCAUAACAAAGUAGAUGUAAUCAUUUUUUUCGGACAAAUGAGAAAUAUUUGUCGUGCAGCUCAUCAUGCAGUUUCCUCAUAAUGCCAUUGUGUGUCAUAAGAACCAAUCGUCUAUGAGUUCUGUAUGCGUUUUAUCAGCACCUUCUGUCGUUUCCUAUUCAUUACUAGAGUUCCCAUGAUUGCAAUACAAGUUGUAGUAUCCUGUGUGAGUCACAAUAUGCUGACUUUGCGCUUAGGUGGCGAACAUCGCCUGAGCGUUUCUUAUCUAACACACGGCCCAUUCGCCU